GUCCCUGCCUCCCCAGUCAGGCCAGGCACAGACGGCAAGGACAGUGACGCCGACUAGGCCACUUUCCCCACUGUUAACACCAUGAAGCUGCUUGCAGUGACUGUGCUGCUCCUCACCAUCUGUAGCCUUGAAGGGGCUUUGGUUCGGAGACAGGCAGAGGAGCCAAGUCUGCAGAGCCUGGUCUCUCAGUACUUCCAGACCGUGACCGACUAUGGCAAGGACCUGGUAGAGAAGGCCAAGGGCUCAGAGCUUCAAACCCAGGCCAAGGCUUACUUUGAGAAGACACAGGAGCAGCUGACACCCCUGGUCAAGAAGGCUGGAACUGAUCUGAUUAACUUCCUGAGCAAUUUCAUGGACCUCAAAACACAGCCUCCUGCCCAGUGAGAUGUCUAGACCAUUAUCUUCCAUCCCCAGCGGGCCUCUUGAAUACCAACGGGCCAGACCUAGAGCUCCUUUCCCCACCUAGUCCUUGUUUUCUACAAUAAAUACUGAAGGAGUCAA